AUAAGCCUUAUAAAACGAUUGUUUACGCUCUUCAAGUAAAAGGCAACAGCAUAAAGAUAUUAGUUCAAAAAAAUCCCGAGGAAGGAUACAAAGAUGUUUCAGGCGCAGCUUUGAAGAAAGCCAAAAAGCGAAUAAAAAUUCGCGAUGCAAUUGCCAAUCGUGGGAAACGCGUUAAAGUGUCUGGAUGGGUCCAUCGUCUACGAACACAAGGAAAGGAUAUGAAAUUUGUUAUACUAAGAGAUGGAUCUGGUUACCUUCAAUGUAUUCUUACCGGCAGAUUAUGUCAUACAUAUGAUGCUUUGACUUUGUCACUUGAAUCAACAAUUACAGUGUACGGUGUCAUUACUGAAUUGCCACCUGGAAAGACGGCUCCAGAUAAUCAUGAACUCCUUGCUGAUUAUUGGGAAGUUAAUCAUAAAGCACCGGGUGCUGAAGAUGCUUUCACCAAUAAAUUAAAUGUCGAAUCUGAUCCUUCUGUAUUGUACGAACAGCGGCAUCUUGUCAUUCGCGGCGAGGUUGCUUCGGCGGUACUAAAAGUUCGGUCACAAGUAAUGAAAGCGUUUCGUGAUUAUUUCGAUUCUAAAGGAUUCAUCGAAGUCACCCCUCCUUGUUUGGUACAAACUCAAGUUGAAGGUGGAAGUACUUUAUUCGAAUUGAAUUAUUAUGGCGAAAAGGCUUAUCUUACUCAAUCAUCACAAUUAUAUCUCGAAACAUGUCUUCCAUCUCUUGGAGAUGUAUAUUGUAUUUCGGAAUCAUAUCGAGCAGAGAAAUCUCAUACUCGUCGACAUUUAUCUGAGUACUCUCACUUAGAAGCCGAAAUGGCGUUCAUUUCAUUUGAAGAUUUGCUAAACACGUUAGAAGAUCUGAUUUGUGGCACUAUUGACCGUGUUCUUUCCCAUAAACAAACUCGAGAUAUGAUUUACCAACUUAAUCCAGAUUUUAAACCUCCGGAGCGUCCUUUUAUGCGUCUAGACUAUAAAGAUGCAAUACAAUACCUAAAAGAUCACAAUAUUAAAAAAGAAGAUGGUAGUUUUUAUGAAUUUGGAGAAGAUAUUCCAGAAGCACCUGAACGUGCAAUGACUGAUCAAAUUAAUAAACCGAUUUUUCUUUGUCGUUUUCCCGCUGAAAUUAAAAGUUUUUAUAUGAGUCGUUGUAAAGAUGACCGUCGACUAACAGAAAGUGUAGAUGUAUUAGUUCCUGGUGUUGGCGAAAUAGUGGGUAUUGAUCCUGCACAUUAUUAUUGGUACACGGAUCAACGAAAAUAUGGUACAACAGAACAUGGUGGCUUGGGUUUAGGUGUCGAGCGGUUUAUAGGGUGGUUACUUCAUCGUGAUACUAUUAAAGAAUGUUGCUUGUAUCCAAGAUUUAUGGGACGUUGUUUGCCAUAA